ACAAUACAAAAAGACAUAACCUGUCCAAAUCUAUGAAGUAUAAAUUCACGAAUGAAUAACGACGUCAUCGAGCGUUAUUUUCAUUUGCUGGACAAUUAUCAUUUGGCGGGAAUCCAUGAAAAUGUCACAUUAUCGCGACUUGAGAAAAAAAACAACAUGCUGUAUGUAUUAUAACCUAUGUGUAAUGACGUGAAAAAUUAUCUUGUCAAACAGCUACAUUAGAAAGAGUUGUAUUUUGUUUUUUAGAUAGUAAAAUUACUGUAAUCAUUUUCUUA